CCAGCAAACCAAACCUUGAGUUCUCGCUCUGUCGGUUGAACCUACAAACAUGGAUUCGGUGCUGCUGAUUAUGUUCACGUCCGUUAUACUCACACACCAGCAUCUCUGCUCUAGCACCGUUUUUUAACGUCGGUCACCUCCAAACCUACUGACGAACUGGGAUAUAUUCUCUUUUUUAUUUUCUGUCUUUCGUUCUCAGUCGCCAUCUCUCCAUCGCUUAUCGGUGAGAGAGAGGUAGGCAGGCUUGUUUCCCCGCCGAAGAGGGCAGCCUAUAGCGGUGGCCAAGGGCAUUUUCUCCGUGGUCUCGUUGUCUGGAUGAUUUCUGAUUCUGGUGAUUUUUUAAAUAUUUUAUUUUAAUCAUGGCGACUGAUUCCCCUGCCCGGAGUCUGGAUGAGAUCGACCUGUCUGCUCUACGGGACCCGGCAGGCAUCUUUGAGCUGGUGGAGUUGGUUGGCAAUGGAACCUACGGACAGGUGUACAAGGGUCGUCAUGUCAAGACAGGGCAACUUGCGGCCAUCAAGGUCAUGGAUGUCACCGGGGAUGAGGAGGAGGAGAUUAAAGGAGAGAUCAACAUGUUGAAGAAGUACAGCCACCAUCGGAACAUCGCUACCUACUACGGUGCCUUCGUCAAGAAGAACCCACCUGGCAUCGACGACCAGCUAUGGUUGGUGAUGGAGUUCUGUGGGGCAGGCUCAAUAACAGAUCUGAUUAAGAACACCAAGGGGAACUCACUGAAAGAGGAGUGGACUGCCUACAUCUGCAGAGAGAUCCUCAGGGGUCUGGCCCAUCUCCACCAGCACAAGGUCAUCCACAGAGACAUCAAGGGUCAGAACGUCCUGCUGACAGAGAACGCAGAGGUCAAACUGGUGGACUUUGGUGUGAGUGCCCAGUUAGACCGAACGGUGGGGAGGAGGAACACCUUCAUCGGGACUCCCUAUUGGAUGGCUCCAGAGGUCAUUGCCUGCGACGAGAACCCUGAGGCCACCUACGACUUCAAGAGUGACCUGUGGUCUCUGGGUAUAACAGCUAUAGAGAUGGCAGAAGGAGCCCCUCCGCUGUGUGACAUGCACCCAAUGAGAGCUCUCUUCCUCAUCCCACGAAACCCCGCCCCCAAACUCAAGUCCAAGAAGUGGUCUAAGAAGUUCCAGUCGUUCAUCGAGAGUUGCUUGGUGAAGAGUCAUGGUCAGAGACCCAGCACAGAACAGCUGUUGAAGCAUCCCUUCAUCAGAGAGCUGCCCAACGAACGACAGAUCCGCAUCCAACUGAAGGACCACAUCGACAGAACCAAGAAGAAACGUGGCGAGAGAGAUGAGACAGAAUAUGAGUACAGCGGGAGUGAAGAGGAGGAAGAGGAGAGAGACGUGGGGGAGCCAAGCUCCAUCAUCAACAUCCCUGGUGAGUCGACGUUAAGGCGGGACUUCCUGCGUUUGCAGCUGGCCAAUAAGGAACGCUCUGAGGCUCUGAGGAGGCAGCAGUUGGAACAACAGCAGAACGAGGAACACAAACGCCUCCUACUGGCCGAACGACAGAAACGCAUAGAGGAGCAGAAAGAACAGAGGAGGAGACUGGAGGAGCAACAGCGAAGGGAGCGUGAGUUGAGGAAGCAGCAGGAGAGAGAACAGAGGAGACGCUAUGAAGAGAUGGAACAACUACGGAGAGAUGAGGAGAGGAGGCACACGGAGAGAGAACAGGAGUAUAUCCGUAGACAGCUGGAGGAGGAACAGAGACAGUUAGAGAUUCUACAGCAACAGCUUCUACAGGAGCAGGCUCUACUGCUGGAAUAUAAGCGUAAGCAGAUUGAGGAACAACGUCAAGCAGAGAGGCUACAGAGACAGUUACAACAAGAGAGAGCCUACCUGGUGUCUCUACAGCAGCAGCAGCAACAACAGCAACAACAACAAAACCAAGAUGGCCGACCAGGCGAGAAGAAACUGUAUCACUAUAAAGACUCAGCUAGUCCUACUGACAAACCUGCAUGGGCUAAAGAGGUCCCGAAGCAGCAGACACACCACCAGAGCCACUCACCCCGCCCAUUCCUCAGACAAAGCCACUCCUUCAACCAACCUUCAUCCUCCAUUCCUUCCCACGCCAACCCCCCUCGCCGAUCCCCCUCCAACCCCACCCGCCCCCCUCACAUCCAUAUAUCCCUGGAGACUAGUGAUCCAGUAGAUCCCUUUCUGAAACAGGAGAUUAGCCAGCAGGUUAGAGAGAUGAGAGCUCAGAAAGCCAGUCAGAGGGUGUUCAGACACAAAGAAAAAGGACCCAAUACCAGAGUAGUACAACACAUCAACCAGGGGCCAAAAUGGCCUAGCCGAGUCGAUCAGAAGGCUAGUCAGCAAGACCGAGGGCGCAGUCCCAGGCCUAGACACCAAGGGCCGCAACACAACCCCAACCAGGGGCCACAGCAUAAUGGGCAGGGGCAACAGGCUGGCUUUAACCGAGGCUCCAGCCCUAACCCCAACCCCAACCAAGCCCCAAAAGAGAGCCCCAUGUCUAAUCACCAAGCCCCUAACCAAGAGGCCAACAAUGGGCCAGUCUGGGCACCCAGCUCCAGACCCAACCAGGGACCUAACCUGGGGGUAAAAGACCAGGGGCCGAUAUGGGUGGAGGAUCGGUCCAAGCUGAACAGACAGAGUUCUCCAGCGCUGCAGCAUAAGGCUGUCUCCAGCCGGGUCUCUGAGGCCUCCCUGCCCCCCCACUCCGAGUCCUUUAGCACUGCAGGGAUGCAGCCAGCCCGCACCCCACCCACACACCGCCCAGUUGAACCACAGAUGGCCCACCUGAUUCCAGUGAAGACCAUGACAGGCUCUCAGUCUCUGCAGGAGAGCACAGGAGGAGAGGGGGGGGGGGUGGGAAGGAGAAGGGGGGAGGGUGGAGGAAUGCCACCCCGUCAGAACUCUGACCCCACCUCUGACUCUAACCCCGCCCCUCCACCUCGUACCACUAGCCGAGAGGACGAUGAGCUUCCCCCUAAGGUCCCUCAAAGAACCACCUCAAUCUCCCCAGCCCUGAUGAGGAAAAACUCUCCCAACGGACAGGGACUCAUACAAGCCAGUAAUCCAGACCUGAGAGCAUCAGAGCUGUUUCUGGAUACUGCUCUACAGAGGAGGUCCUCUCACUCCUCCUCCUCAUCCUCACCUUCAUCACAGAGAGGUCCACCAGUCCAGGAGACCUCCCCCCCAGCAGAAGCCAAUCAGGAGGUCAGGAUCAGACCGGAGGAGGGGCGAGACGCAGCCAGACCCAGCAGACCAGCUAGCUAUAAGAAAGCCAUAGAUGAGGACCUAAGUGCGCUGGCUAAGGAGCUGAGAGAGUUGAGGGUAGAGGAGGGCAGUAGACCUCCAGUGAAGGUGAGAAAGGUGACAGACUACUCAUCCUCGAGUGACGAGCGAUCAGAGAGCAGCGACGAGGACGGAGAGACGGGGCAAGAUGGGACUGUGGCUGUCAUGCCACAGCAGGGUGAAGCAUAUGGAGGUUUGACUGAAGAACCUCUGGCAGGCUCCUUCAACACAACACAGGACAGCACUCUGAUCAUGAGAGAGGCAGAGGAGAGGAGGAGGGCAGCAGGCCAUGGUGAGAGUAACGGGUUCCAUAGCAACCAUCACGGCAGCGGUAACCAUGGCAACCUCCCUGACCUGGUCCAGCAGAGCUCCUCCUCUUCACCCUCAACCCUGGACGCACUGAAAGAGCAAUUUGGAUCUAAAGCCUCCUUCUCCCCAUUCGGCGAUCCACGGUCCUAUCAGACCUCCCCUACUGAAGAUGAGGAUGAGAGCUCAGCUGGUCUGUUCACCAGUGAGUUGCUGCAUCAGGAGCAGGCCAGACUAGCCGAGGCCAGAAAGAUCAGCGUGGUCAACGUGAACCCAACCAACAUACGACCUCACAGUGACACGCCUGAGAUACGCAAAUACAAGAAGCGCUUCAACUCUGAGAUACUGUGUGCUGCUCUCUGGGGUGUGAACCUGUUGGUGGGGACAGAGAAUGGUUUGAUGUUGCUUGACCGUAGCGGUCAGGGGAAGGUGUAUAACCUGAUUACCAGGAGACGUUUCCUACAGAUGGAUGUCCUGGAGGGACUUAAUGUCCUGGUUACUAUAUCAGGGAAGAAGAAUAAGUUGCGUGUGUACUACCUGUCCUGGCUGAGGAACAGGAUAUUACACAACGACCCAGAGGUUGAGAAGAAGCAGGGCUGGGUCACUGUAGGAGAGUUGGAGGGCUGCGUACACUACAAAGUCGUAAAGUACGAGAGGAUCAAGUUCCUGGUGAUCGCUCAGAAGAACGCAGUGGAGAUCUAUGCCUGGGCCCCCAAACCCUACCACAAGUUCAUGGCCUUUAAGUCGUUCACUGACCUGCAGCACCGCCCCCAGCUGGUUGACCUGACGGUGGAGGAGGGGCAGAGGUUAAAGGUAAUCUACGGCUCCAGCCUGGGCUUCCAUGUCAUCGACGUCGACUCUGGCAACCCUUACGACAUCUACGUCCCGUCACACAUUCAGACCCAGGUGACUCCCCAUGCCAUCGUGGUUCUUCCUAAGACAGACGGGAUGGAGAUGUUGUUGUGUUAUGAAGAUGAGGGAGUUUACGUCAAUACCUACGGACGCAUCACUAAAGACGUUGUGCUGCAGUGGGGAGAGAUGCCUACUUCUGUUGCCUAUAUCCACUCUAGCCAGAUCAUGGGCUGGGGGGAGAAGGCCAUAGAGAUCAGGUCUGUGGAGACAGGACACCUGGACGGGGUCUUCAUGCACAAGAGAGCCCAGAGACUCAAGUUCCUGUGUGAGAGGAACGACAAGGUGUUCUUUGCGUCGGUUAGGUCUGGAGGCAGCAGUCAGGUCUUCUUCAUGACCCUCAACCGUAGCUCCAUGAUGAACUGGUGAAACUAACUCCUCCCACUGUCUUCCCAUUGGCCUGCUCAGCUGUCCAUCACAGGCCAAGACUAAUUUCAUAAGCCAAUUAAAACAAUGGACCAAGAGAAUCAAAUCGCACCCUGAAUCAAACAAGUGAGUUGAAUAUUGGGAGAGUCCAACACUGAAUUUAACUGAGAGAACACACUGGAAGGACAGUGAAACACUGAGAGACUACAACACUGUAACAGACCUAAAGGACUAUAAAGAAUAAAAUAAUAAAAAGAUACAUGACUAUUAAGAAGAGGAGUGGGAAGGCAGGUGAGUGUUUGGAUCAACGGGAGCGCUGGUUUUCCAAGAUCUCGACUACCCUCUGUGGAGACGAACCGGUACUUCCUGAAACUGUUCUUUCUUUCUCUCCUCCACUUCACCCUUCCCCUCCCCUCUCUCUCCACCACUCCCAUACCAUCUCUCUCCACCACUCCCCUCCCCUCUCUCUCCACCACUCCACCCCUCUUCUCUAAAAUAUGGGCUGUGUCCCUUUAAAAUAAAAUCCCAGCCUCUGUCUCUCUCCUCUACUCCAUUCCUUCUUUCCUCUCCUCCUCCUAUCCCUCCACUCUAAAGUCUUUAAAUUCUCAAGGUGCUGCAUCAGAUCAACUGUAAUGUUAUUAAAAAAGAAUAACAACAUUCUGCUGUUUACUAGAAAUAUGCUUUCUUUCUGUCUUUUAAAUAACACAUUGUUCAGGUUUUGUUUCUUGUUUUAGGUACUUUUAUAAAUAAUUACUUUUGAAUUGUAAUGUUAAGAGCUUGAUAACUUGCACAGCACAUUGUUAGUUUCUGUCGUUCAGUUUGUGUGUUUUAUUUUAUGCUGAAAUGCCAGAGAAAAACCUGAUUCAACUGAGAAUCAUUUGAGAAUCGUCUGAGAAUGAACCAAUCUGUGUCUGUCUGUCUUAUCUGUCUCUGUGUGUAAAGAAUCAUUGUGUAAAGCUGUCUCCCACCUGAGUCUGAUUUGAUUGGUCUGGUCUGAUUGUGACUACUUCCUGUUUGGACAGUGCCUAGCAUGAUGAAGCAAACAUCACACAGGUCAACUAAUUUAUCUACCAUUGUUUUGUUCACACUUUUCUGUUGGUUUACCAUUUUAUUUUAACACUUUGAUAGCAUCUUAUGUCCAUAGAUUAAACAUUAUAAUUUCAAUUUAACCAAUACUUAAUUUAUAAAAAUAAAAAAAAUAAUGUUUAAGAGUUUUUAUGAAAUACAUUUGCAUUUAUGAAAACAAAGAUGAGAACAUCUGAAGCUGUUGUCCUUUAUGCUGUCGAAGCCAUUCUGUAGAACUCCAUUACCCAGAAUACAACAGUUAUGUAAGGCGUGUGUGUGUGUGUAUAUUUAGUAACUACAAACACAUUCAUCCAAGAAACAAAACUAAAACAAGCGCUUACAUUCACCAAGACCCACUCCCUCAAAUUACAAACAAGUGCAGGGGCAACACUUUUGUCCGGAAAUUAAACUUCCAGACUGCUCCUUUAAGUUUCAUGCUUAAGUUACUAAUGAAGUUACUGUUCUGUAGGCAGGUUGCUUUUUAGAAUGUUAGCAAUAAAGAGCUGUGCUGAUUGAACUACAGUCUUCCCCGCGCACACGUGUGUGUGUGUGUGUGUGUGUGUGUGUGUGUGUGCACGCGUGCGUGUGUGUGUGUCCGUGAUACACACCUCUGUCAUGGUCUUCUCUCUAUCUGGUGAACAGACUGCUGAUCCCACUGCUGUUGGGUUUCUGUCUUUAAAAGAAAAACUCUACACCCCUCUUUCUUCUGUUUGUUUCUGAACGACAAACUCUUCACUAACGUUUUGGUUUCUUUGUUUUGUAAAACAGAAAAAUAAAUGAUACUAGAACAUU